UACCGGGCCGGCCGCUCAGCUGUUGUCUCCUGCAGGGCCUUACCUGUUCCUCGCUCCAGCGCUGCACAGUCUUCCCGCGCUGGCUUCUUUGACAGCCGGCAGUCUCUGGUCAUCUGUACUGUGUCUGCAGUCUCUGGUCAUCUCCUGUACUGUGUCCGCAGUCUCUGGUCAUCUCCUGUACUGUGUCCGCAGUCUCUGGUCAUCUCCUGUACUGUGUCCGCAGUCUCUGGUCAUCUCCUGUACUGUGUCCGCAGUCUCUGGUCAUCUCCUGUACUGUGUCCGCAGUCUCUGGUCAUCUCCUGUACUGUGUCCGCAGUCUCUGGUCAUCUCCUGUACUGUGUCCUCAGUCUCUGGUCAUCUCCUGUACUGUGUCCGCAGUCUCUGGUCAUCUCCUGUACUGUGUCCGCAGUCUCUGGUCAUCUC